UUAUAAACCAAUGCGUUUGUCAAUGAACCGUGCAUUUAACCAGUGAACCUUUCAGACAAUAUUAUUUUCCUCAACAACAGCCUAUCAUACCUGUAGCCUCCCGCAUAGGAAUCACAACCGUGAUAUUCGGAAACAGUAGCAGUCUAGCAGAUAGCAACCAGCUUACCUCAGUUAACCAUUACUUGAGUAAUUUUAACGGUUAAGAUCAUGUAUAAAUAGCUUAUGAUUACAACUGCACGGUGGCACUUUUCACAGUGUAUGUUUGUGUCACGCGUGCUGCAGCAUGCAUCACUGUCCCAGUACAUUCUCUCCUCCCUCUCACAGCAUGGAAUCACUUUCUCUCUACACCACCCCUUAUCACGUCCCAUUCACAGCAUCAUGGCGUUUGAGGGUGGGGGGCGGAGCUGUGGUGUUCAUGAACUCAUCUGCGCUAGACGAGUAUCUCCUGAACUGCUAGGUGUCCUGUCCUCCAUUGCUUUCUUCAUGGCCGUGAUCGCUCUGUUUUUUCUUUACCUCAGCAGCAAGCUGUCAGUGGAGAGCCCAAGCAGUGAUCUGCCACGUUUUGAAGGUUUUAACAAGGAUUUGCAAGAACUUGCGGUCAGUUAGCAGACACACACCAAAGGGACAAAGCAAUGGCAUUUUUCAAGAGCUUCCAACAGAGUCUCCCUUCCGUCAGUUCCCUUCUGGACACUGUCUCAAACACUGUCUCCACUGCUGUGGACGAUUUGUCCUCUGCAGUGAGUGACGUCACCUACACUGUCAGUGACCAGCUAACGGAGCAGGUCAAUACAAUCAUCAAUAAAGUGCAGACUGAAGAGGAUGAGAAAAGGGAGGCUGAAGGGUCUUCUGACGAAGUCCAAAAGGAGAGAAGAAACAGCAAGCUGAAGCGGCAGGAGACAGAAACUAAUGCUGCAGACACUGAUGGAGAAGGUCGAAAGAGCCGAAAAUCAAAAAAGAACUCUAUGUGGACUAUUGAAGUAGAUGAAGAAGAAAUAAAGAGAGAGAAGGAAAGACAAGAGGAAGCGAGAAAAGCUGAGGAGGAUGAGUGGGAGUGGUGUUACGCUCCCUCUAAAGGAUGGUAUCGUAAAAGGAGGGACCCAAACCAGCCACAAAGCUCAUCUCAGAGCACAGACAACCAGAAAGGGAACAGUGACCAAGCAUCACAAAAGGAAGAUUCUGCCGCUCAGGAAGAAAGUGCCUCCUUGUCCAGCAAACACAAAAAUGAAGGUGACAACCACAAUGAAAAUACUAAUGGGAUGCAGCCAAAAGAUAGUCUGGAAGAGCAGGACUCUCAUGAAAUGUCUGGUGAUCCUGUUACAUCAGCAUCAAAGUAUGAAAAGAAUGGAGAGCACAGUAGUGUCGAGGAAGAUGAUAAUUCUGAAAGAUAUACGAAAACGACACAAUCUAAAGGCAGAAGAAAAGAUCGAAAUGAAGAAGAUGAAACAUCAUGUGAAGAAGGUAAAACAUCAAAACAAAAGAAGAAAGGAAAAGUUUACAGUGAUGAAGAACAGGAGGAGGGCACUCAGGACUCAAAGUCAAAGAGCUCAAAAUCAAAGGCAAAGAAGGACAAAGAGGGUAAAGAUGGGGGUUGUCCAGAUAAAGGAUCAUCUGAGAGUGAGGACGAAACACCAAAAAGACACAAAGACUCAUCCUCUCACCAGCAGAGAAGUGGGUGGAGAAACAGGGAUGCUGAGAAUGAGGAUUGCAGCAGUGAAGCCUCAGCUGAGCAGGGUAAAAGAAAAAAAGGUUCAAGUUCCCUGAAUGAACUUCAGCCUCCGCCAUACCGGGACAAAGACGAUCUCAAGUGUGGCUCAAGGGGCCGCAGUGACUCGGCAGAGGGCAGUGGAAGUGAGGGCAGUGAAGACCCUGAGGACACAGAGAGUUACCUGAAUAAGGGCUAUGAGGAGGACGCACCCAGCGACAGCACAGCCGUUUUGGGCCCGGAGGAUAGCUUAAUCCCACCACUUCCAGAAACAUACGAACCAGAAGGAUUGGGGAAAUAUGGCACACUGGAUGUGGCCUUCGAAUAUGACCCUGGUGAACAACGGCUUGCGGUGACAGUGACCGCUGCCACAGAUAUUCCAACACUUAAGAGCACAGGGAACAUUUCCUGGCAGGUCCACCUGGUUUUACUGCCUACCAAGAAGCAGAGAGCCAAGACAGGAGUGCAGAAGGGACCCUGUCCUGUCUUCACAGAAACAUUUCGGUUCUCAUGUGUGGAGCAGGAAGCUUUGGGGGACUAUGCAGUCCGGUUCCGUCUCUACAGUGUGCGGCGCAUGAAAAAAGAGAAAGUCCUAGGGGAGAAGGUGUUCUACUUAACCAAACUCAAUAUGCAGGGCAAGCUCGCUCUGCCCGUUACACUGGAGCCUGGCACCACAGUUCCUGGCUGUGGAUCAGUGGUGAGUGUCUCUCGGAGUGCGGGAGCUCUAUCGUAUCGCUCCACUGGUGAAUCCUCCACUCCGGAGCUUCUGCUGGGUCUCCUCUACAACUCCACCACAGGCAGACUGUCCGCCGAGGUUAUUAAAGGCAGCCAUUUUAAAAACUCUGCCACAGAUAAACUGCCCAUUGGCCUGUUUUGUUGUGUAAAACACUUCAUUAGUGGGCAACUGUAUAUCAUGAGAGACACUUAUGUGAAGCUUACAAUGCUGGACUCCAAAGGGAAAGAGAUGUCCAAAUGUAAGACCUCAGUCUGCCGCGGCCAGCCAAACCCAACCUACAAAGAGACAUUUGUCUUCCAGGUGGCACUAUUCCAGCUAUCUGAGGUCACCCUGCAGGUGUCGGUGUACAGUCGGAGGAGCAGCAUGAAGAGGAGAGAGCGGGUGGGUUGGGUUGCUCUGGGCCUCAACAGCACCACAGAGGAACAAGAGGAGCACUGGACCCAAAUGAAAGAGUCAGAGGGACAGCAGGUCUGCCAAUGGCACACGCUCCUUGAUCCAUAGGGGGAGCAGUGAAACAAUGUAAUGUGGUUUUUGGCCAUCUGUACAGUACAGGUGUGUCCAGUCCUGCUCCUGGAGGGCCACUGUCCAGCAAAGUUUACCUCCAACCCCAAUGAAACACACCUGAACCAGCUAAUCAUGGUCUUACUAGGCAUUCUAGAAACUUCCAGGCAGGUAUGUUGAGAAAAGUUGGAGCUAAACCUUGGACACCCCUGACUUUAGUAGGAGUUAGUAUGAAUAAAAAUUAAAGGGUUCACACUUAAUUGAAUAUUAAAUCCUAAUUUAUUCCUUCAUGUCGCUCCAAACCCUAGUUUCUUUCUUCCAUGGAACAUAAAGAGAGAAAAUUUUUUAAAUGUUAAUUCUCUUCCACGCGAUUUCAAUUAAAGGAUUUUGGAACUUUUCAAACUUCAAAAAGGACACUGUGUGUAUAAAGUCAUAUAACAACCGGAAUGAUCAGAUCAUUGAGUCAGCGAGUUCAUGAAAUAAUCAUUCAGUUGAUGUCAAAAUCAUCAAUGAAUAAUCACUUAAAUUGCAAUCUGUUCAUCACAUAAAGCUAUCUUUGGGCUUAAAAAGACUGUUAAUUUAGAAAAAAAAAUAAUUUGAAGUACUAUUUUUUUCUCCUUUUUUGGAGUUGGACAGGCCUUAUUUAGGCAGUUUGGAAUUUGGGUUUGGAAUGGCAUGAACGUGAGUAAAUUAUGACAGAACGUUUGAUUUUUGAGUGAACUAUUUCGAAAGAAGGGGGUGUAAAGUCGCAGUUACAUUAGCAAAACAUCAGCAAAAUUGCGCGGGCAAAGUAGGUCUGUUGUUCAUCGUCAAUGCAUGACGCACUGCUUAGUAGUCACUUCUAAAACAAGCAGCUCUAUAUUGGUAAAUGCGGCAAAUCUGCAUCCAAUGCAAAAAUAUGAUGCAUAAUCCAUGUGGGGGUCAUGUGCUCUUCAAGCUAGAUUCCCAAUCGCGUUGAUUACUACAUUUCGCCCGUGGAAUUUCUUCUAAAGGUAAAUGCGACCACACCUUAAUUUGAACUGUACACGAGUCCUCCAUGUUGGAGGUGCUGUUUACCUCUUAGUGAUUGAGACUGUAUUCCUCAGGAUAGCAGUAAUGGAGCUGCUGUUUUUUGCAGUGCUGAGAAAAGUGACGGACUGAAAAAAGACGCCUUAAGAAUAACUAUACAGAACUGACCAACUGCCAUUGGCACUGCCAUCUGUACCAAUUGUUUAUUCACAUCAGAGUAUAACUACAACUGUACCGUUGGCAGUUGCAUAAGCAUUCAAACUACUUGAGGUUUUGCCUUUUUACUUGACUUGCAAAUAUGCAAAUACAAAAUAUGCACUGCAUGGUAACAGCUAAAGCAUCAAGAGAAACAUUCAUAA